AUGGGCAGCAGCGUCAGGAACGUUGAACAGCAGCAGCCGUGUGUGGAGUCCGCCUGCCUUUACGCCGCUGCUGCGCCGGGUGAGCAGGAGGGGAGCCCCGAAGGCGGGCACCACCGGCCCCCCGCCUCCGCCAGGCUCAGGACCCAGGCGAAGAGGCAGCGCCCGUGUUCCCCCGAGCUGCUGCGCUGCAAGAGGCGCCUCAGCUUCAGCCGGUUCGGCUACAGCCUGCCGCCGCAACAGCCGGCCGCCGUGGCCCGGCGCAACGAGCGCGAGAGGAACCGGGUGAAGCUGGUAAACCUGGGAUUCGCCACCCUGCGGGAGCACGUCCCGAACGGCGGCGCCAACAAGAAGAUGAGCAAAGUGGAGACGCUGCGCUCCGCCGUGGAGUACAUUAGGGCCCUCCAGCAGCUUCUAGAUGAGCACGACGCCGUGAGCGCCGCCUUCCAGUCCGGACUCCUGUCGCCCGGCCUCUCGGCCGAGAUGAACUCCAUGGCCGGGUCGCCUGUGUCUUCCUGCUCCUCCGACGACGCCUCCUGCGACCCCCUCAGUGCCGAGGAGCAAGAGCUGCUGGACUUUACCACCUGGUUCUGA